CGCAGCUGGCCGGUCGCUCUCGGCGGGUGACAGAUGGAGUUGGUUUGACUCGGAGUCAGGGGCUGAAAGCUUUUUGGUGAAAACAGGAAGAAAUUCACGUCUCUUUUUUAUUUUUAAUCUGCAAUGAGAGGUGAUCAGACAGAAAAUGGAGAAAACUCAACGAACUCGCAGAGUGAAAUCCUGAUCAACCAGCUGAAGGAGAUCACUGGUGUCCAGGACCCACAGAUUCUCUACAGAGCCUUGAAUGCCAGUCAGGGUGACAUUGGACAUGCUGUUGGACUGCUCACAACUCAGACUGCAGAGGUUCAGGAUCCUGGAGAACCACAGGAGUCAGGGACCUCUGCAGAGGCCUGGGAGGGCCAGAAAGAACUUCCUAAAGAUGAGCUGCAGACCGCCAUCGAGCUCAGCCUGCAGGAGUCCCACAAUGCCCAGGAAGAGGAGAGAGAAUUCAACAGGGCUCUGGAGGCCAGUGCAGAGGAGAAUGCAGCGAGAAUGAAGAGGAAGAGAUGUGAAGCCCAGAAUGAGAUGUCCAGCCCUGCAGACUGGAUCCGUCAGGACGACUGGCCUGUGGGCAUUCGCAAUGUUGGAAACACCUGCUGGUUCAGUGCUGUCAUCCAGUCACUGUUCCACCUGCCUGUGUUCAGGAGGCUGGUUCUCAACUACCAUCUGUCUGAGAGAAUACUGGAGAAGUGUAAGAGCCAUUCUGACAAGAGGAACAUAGCUUUCAUGCAGGAGCUGCGUUGUCUGUUUGCCCUCAUGAUGGGCUCCACUCGCAGGUUUGUGGAUCCUUCUGCUGCCGUGGAGUUACUGCGAGACGCCUUCAGGACUAGUGAGGCCCAACAGGAUGUCAGUGAGUUUUCCCACAAACUGCUGGACUGGCUAGAGGAUGCAUUUCAGCUGGCUGCCACUGAUAGCAGACAAGACAAACAACAAAACCCCAUGGUCCAGCUUUUCUAUGGCACCUUUGUGACAGAAAGAAGACACGAGGGUAAGACGUUGUGUAAUAUUGAGCAGUUUGGCCAGUACCCCCUGCAAGUCAACGGCUUCAACAACCUGGACGAAUGCCUAGAAGGCGCUAUGGUUGAGAAGGAGAUUGAGUCUGUGCUGUCAGAUCACAGCACCACAUCUGGUCGUGAGAGAUGGUUCAAAAAGCUACCACCAGUCUUGACAUUUGAACUGUCCAGAUUUGAAUUCAACACCCAGCUUGGUCGUCCUGAAAAGAUCCACAAGAAACUGGAGUUCUCACAAAUCAUUUAUAUGGACAGAUAUCUGCACAAAAACAUAAAACAGACCCAUGAGAGGAGAGUAGAAGUAAAGAAACUUAAAGAGCAACUUGCAGCCCUUCAACAGAAACUUGAGUGCUACAAAAACUAUGGCUCGGGACCUGCCAAGUAUCCUCUGGCUGACAUGCUGCAGUUUGUGCUGGAGUUCGCUACCACCAAGCCAUCGAGUGUUUCCCCAGCUGAAGAUCUAAGACCAGCUUCUCCAACUCCUGCAAACCACCCCCUCAGUGAACCCAUCUCCACAGACAACAGUGAAGCUGGAGAUACAGAUUCAUCAGAGGGCCUGGCUUCCAGUGUUUCCAGUUGCCAGCGGACUCCUAUAUACAAGCCCUUCACCCAGUGCAGACACCCCAUUGACUGCCCACCACAUCCAGCCCCCCACAGCAUCACUGAAGAGGAGCUGCACUUUGUGAAGACCUGCCUGCAGCGUUGGAGGACCGAAGUAGAGAAUGACAUAAAUGAGCUAAAGGCCAGCAUCGACAGGCUCACUCAGAUGCUGGAGGGCAUGUACUCAGACAACAGUCUCUGCCAGGCACCCUACAGACUCCAUGCGGUGCUCGUCCAUGAAGGCCAGGCAUCAGCAGGCCAUUACUGGGCCUACAUCUACGACCAUGCCAACCAGCGCUGGAUGAAGUACAACGAUGUAAGCAUCACUGAGUCAUCAUGGGAGGAGCUGGAGCGAGACUCAUUCGGGGGCAUGACCAACGCCAGUGCCUACUGCCUGAUGUACAUUGAUGACAGGCUACCCUAUCUCAUCACAGAAGACACAGAUGAUGAGACAGGCCAGGUGCUGCAUGGCAUGGACUCCCUGCCACCUGUCCUCAGACGCUACGUCCACGAAGAUAACCGCUGGUUCCAGCAGGAGCUCAGUGAAUGGGAGGAGCAGUUCUGCCAGACCGCAGCGCCACAGGGAGAGUCAACAGCGUCUACAGAGCCCCCAAACCCCAGUCCUGAAAAUACACAGCAAACACCUGUCGAGCCAGCACCCCAGUCAGGACCAGCUACUGAAGAGCCGGACCAGGGAGCUUCUUCAGAGCCACAACCAGAGCCAGAAGCAGAGAAGGAGCCAGAGCCAGAGCCUGAUUCCUCAGAGAAACCUGAAGAAGAAUCAGAGUUAACGCCACCCCCACCACCAUCACAGGGCGCCGGCUGCCAGCCAGACGACACCAGCAGUGCGGCAGUCACUGACACCCUGGAGCCAAGCCAGAGCUCCACCUCUGCUGAGAAGGAGCUUCAGAGUCAGACUCCUGUUGGCCCUGAAGCAGAGCUCAGUAACCAGGCACCACCUGACCUCCAUGUGGAAAACGAUGACACACAGGCAGCAGGUGGCGGCCCUCAAGCUGAAGGCGAGCCGGAGGCUUCCAGAGAAGCUCCUGAACAUGAAGCAAAGCAGGAGGAUGAGUUGCAGCAGCAGGAGGUCCCAGCUAGACAGCGACAGACUGAGAAUGAGGUCUCAGAAGUGGAGAUCCCAAAUGUUGGCAGGAUCAUGGUGAGAGCUGAUGCUGAUGGAUACAAUGAGGAGAUGAUGCUGACUCCAGCGAUGCAGGGCGUCAUCCUCGCCAUAGCCAAGGCCAGGCAAACUUUUGAUAAGGAAGGCCCUGAGGCUGGCCUCAUCAAGGCCUUCCAUGAGGAGUAUUCCCGCUUGUAUGAACUCUCCCAGGAGGAGACCACACCCCAGGAGGACGCUCGUCUGCAGCACGCUCUAGUCUACUUCUUCCAGAACAAGGCACCCAAUCGCAUCAUUGAGAGAACGCUGCUGGAGCAGUUUACUGACCGCAACCUGAGCUUCGAUGAGAGGGCCAUCAGUAUCAUGAGGGAAGCCCGAGCCAAGCUGCGCCUCAUCAAACCGGAGGACAUGGAUAUGGAUGAGUACUUGCAGUGGCAUGAUGACUACAGGCUGUUCAGAACAGUGUUCGUCUACCUGCUGACUGGACUGGAACACUACCAGCAUGGGAAGACGCGGGAGGCAUUGAUCUUCCUGGCUCAUGCGUACGAGACCAACGCCACCCUGCUGAAGAAUGGAGAGAAACGUGGCGUGGACACAUCUCUUAUUGCUGUUUACAGGAGGAAAUGUCUCACUGCACUGAAUGAAAGCGCGUCACAGCUGUUUUGCAGCGGUGAGGAGACCAACGUGGAGGAGGGCAUCGCCAUCAUGGAUGAGGCCGUCAUCCCCUGCCUUCACCUGAUGAGCCGGGACGAGGCUUUAUCCCAGGAAGACCGGGACGCCAUGGAGAGCAUCCGCAGCCACUGGUGCUGCUGCCUUGGCCAGGACAUGGAUGACUCAUUGCAGGCGAAGCUGGGUGAGUUUCUGCCCAGGGUUCUGGACGGUUCAGCUGAGACAGUAGUUCUUAAAGACCCACCCAAAGUCCAUGUCAACCAAGCCCAUGAUCUGUGCAGCCGCCUGGCCGCUGUCAUGGAGUCCAUCCACAGCACCUCGAUAGUCAUCGUGAAGUAAAGUCCUGAAUGAAACCCCCAACAACCUCCUUGAACUGUGCGUCUGACCUGCAAGCAACAUGGCUGAUAGCUCGUUCUGUGCUGACAGACUGUGGGGUUGAGACAGCGUGUAGUUUUCAACAAGCCAAAUUAUGUAUUUCAUUUUACCUUCAGUUUUAGCAUUGCACAUGAAAUUCACUUUGAUAUUUUAACAUAGCACACUGUAAGCACUUGUUAGGGAUAGACUGGGAUGGGGCAGGGUUCUCACCACCUGAAUACAUGCUCAUUACAAUGUUAUCAGGACAUUUCAGCCCAAACUUCUCUAUGAAAGCCCUGUGAAAGAAAUGAUCAGAAUGAAUCCUCCGUUUUCUUCUCAGCAGCUUUCAUGAAUUCUUUCUGUCUGCCCACCACCAUCAGCAGCCCCCACCCAGUCUGCUGAGAAAACACUAACAGUGCUUAAAAAUUGGAAAAGCCUUAAAGUAGCAGCAGGUUAUGUGAAAGAGGCCAACUGUGAUUGUUUUCAUGCCUCCACGCCGGCAAUAGCCAUAGCUGGAGCAUUAUAUUUUCGGGUUCUCCUGAAGGAGAUAUCUCUAGAAUGCCUUCAGGGAUUUUUUCAGAUUUAACACAAACGUCCACUUGAACUCAGCAAUGAAUUGAUUAGAUUCUGGUGGUCAAAGGUCACUGCGACCAUGUCUGUGUCAUUCUUGUGAACGCAAUAUCUCAAAAACACGUUGAGGAAAUUUUUUUCCCAAAUUUGGCACAAACUUCCACUUGGACUUAUCAAUGAACUGAUUAGAUUCUGGUGGCCAUAGGUCAAAGGUCAAUGUAAUCUUGCAUCUAUCUCAUUGUUGUGAACAUAAUAUCUCAUGAAUGCCUUGAGGAAGUCUAUUCAAAUUUGACACAAACGUCCACUUGGAUGUUCCAUAGAAGAGUAGACUGAUUAGAAUUUGGUGGUCGAACAUUAAAGGUCAAGAUCAGUGUGACCUCACAAGAUAUGUAGAAAUUAUUUCCUUUCUCUCCUUUUUAUGUCUCCACGCCGGUGAUAGCCGAGGCCGAACAACUGAUCUUAUCAGCUUGUCCAUCCCAUUCUUGUGAACGCAAUAUCUCAAGAAUGCCUUGAUGGAAUGUCUUCAGAUUUGGCACAAAUAUCCACUUAAACUCUACAAUAGACUGAUUAGAAUUUGGUGGCCAAAGGGUCAAAGGUCAAAUGUCACUGUGACCUCACAAAAUAUGUUUUUGGCCAUAACUCAAGAAUUCAUACACAAAUUAUGACAAAACUUGACACAAAUGUCUAACAGGAUGAAAUAAUGAAGUGAUGACAUUUAUAUCCAAAAGGUCAAAGGUCAACUUCACUGUGACAGCAUAAUGUUCUGCAUCAAACACUUUUCUGGCCUUCAGUCAGUGUCAUAUCUCAGGAACAGAAGGGGAGACAUUUGGUCAGAUACUGAAUUGGUGACUCUAAUCUUGAAACUGUGCUGAUUGUAUAGAUGUGCUGCAUCCAUGUUUUCACUGACAUGGAUGUAAACUGUAAGAGUGCGCGGAGGCAUCAACCGCGGGGCGGUAAUUCUAGCUCUCCCAUGACCCACAGAACUGGCAGCAGUUAUUUGUUUACCAGAUCAGUUGACACCUGAAAACAUGUUUAAGACUUUCUGCCUCAUUUUGGUAGCCUGGCAUCACCCAGCCAAUUCAAAAUGCAGAUUAGUGAACAAUGCAUAGACAAUAAGUAAAACAUAAGGUUGCAUAUUUUCCAUUUUGGUACCCACUUCAAAAGCUCAUCACUUACCGCCAUGCCCAGUUCUGGUUCUGUGUAGCGGCUCUGAUCUGUUACCUAAAAAAACUGUGUAGCUGUUCCUGUAAUCAGCUUCUCAUCAGCCGCACAAACAGCUUGAAGCUCAGAUCGGCACUCUGAACAGUUCAGGCAUGGACGUGUUUUAUUGGCCGUCAAACCUGUUAACUUUAAUUACUGGUAACAACUGGCGUGUCACUCAACUCUGCAGGAAGUGACUGGAUCGGUAGGAUUUUUUGUUGUGUUGUUGUGAAGCAGUGUGAACGCACAAUAAGGCCUUCAUACAGGGCUGAAUGAUAUAAAAGAAACACUAGAUUUUUACUGCACAGUAACAAAUGCUUUUUUAAGUAUAUGUUUUAUAUUACUUUGUAUUUUUCCAAAACAGGAAGUGUCACAUGUAGGUGAAGCUGGAAAAAGAUAUCCACAGUACUAUUAUGCAUAAAAAUAUAAAUGGUAUGGCAUCUGUAACUGUUUAAAGAGCUGCUGCAUGCUCAGAUGUUCAGACUGCAGUAGAUCUGUGCACUUAGAACUAUCAGUCAGUGGCGACUCUUUGUUUACGUCUGACAGAGCACUGUUGGACAGCACCUUGCUCAACACGUGCCUUUUCUCCCCUUUUAAAGGGUUAUUUGUAAACCAUGUAAACCCUUUAAAAGGAAAGACAUGAGACAAGAGAUGAAAUCCUUUUUUCUGAGGUCCCAGAUGCAACGCAGUAUCAAGAAUGAAUCCUCUUAAUCAGGAUUUUUUAGGACAGCAACAUGGAGCUCCUCGAACAGCCAUUUCUGGCUGCUGAUUUCACACUGCUUUUUCACUCUGUACUCUGUGAUGAUACUCAAUAAAUGUUUUAAAUACCCAGUGUACACCAUCA